AUGCUUCGGUCGAUUAGUCAGCCGAUCGCAAUAAACACGACGUCCAACGUCAAGUUUUCCCCCGGCUUCUGUCGACCAGGCGAAGUUGCGGAAACCGGGAUGCGGGGCGAGGACUUUGAGAUAUCGCAACUGGCGAUCCCGUUAGUCACUGUGCUCAUCAGCUUUCUAGCUUAUACAUCGCAGUAUUUCUUCCACAACUUCGAAGCCGCCCCGCUCACAUUGGACGAGGGCUGGGCGAUCAACCUCUUCGCACUAUGCAUUUGGGUGACUUAUUUCCGGGCGUGCUUUGUGGACCCCGGCAGACUUGAUCCAAAGGGCAAACCAGUGGCGCCUGCUCGCCAGGAGGAGGAUCAGAGCACUGGUCGGAAGCGGUGGUGCCGGAGAUGCGAGGCAUACAAGCCACCCCGCGCGCAUCAUUGCAAGACAUGCAAGAGGUAUGAUGCAGCACAAGCCGACACGAAGAACCACUUCGCUCACAUUUUUUCCAUCAAGAUGCAUCCCGAAAAUGGAUCAUCACUGUCCGUGGACCUCCAACUGCGUUAUCUUGGCCCUUCAGUUGGACAACUUAUCCACUUGUUCGUCCUAAUUGUUGUGAACACCGUUACGUGGCUUGGAAUAUUCAUUUUGCUCGUCCGCACACUAUACUCCGUGCUUUUUAAUAUUACAACAAUUGAGUCCUGGGAAAUCGAAAGACACGAUACUCUCGUCCGACGGGCUCGUGUACUGGGUGGCUCCCUUGAAGGCCCAGGGGGAGUCCAAGUCCGUAUCCGGAAACAAGAGUUCCCGUACGACAUUGGCCUGUUUCCCAACAUUGCUCAGGCAAUGGGAGGGACUAUCAAUAUUUUCAGCUGGUUUUGGCCAUUCGCUGCGACUCCCGACCGUAAAACAGGCUGGGAAUUUGAGACAAAUGGAUUUGAAGACGCUGCUACGACAUGGCCGCCUCCUGACCCCGAUCGGAUUCCCAUGCCAACAGGGGGGUUGUCUGUCAAUGAACCGGACAUACCAUUAUCCUACGCUUCUGCUCGUGAUCAGGUCAAAGCCUUUGAGAUGCGCCAGGCAGCUGACAUGGACCGCCGGCGACCUUACUCUCAAGUUCAACGGCGCAAGCGCUUCCACGAAAGGCUUCAAGAUGAACCCUUGUAUGAAAGCGAUGAAGAAAGAGAGCGACAGCCUGGGCCUGUUUACGGCGAUGGACCAGACGAAGGCGAGGAGUCUUGGCGCAAUGCUGAAGGAGAGCGCCUGCGCGAUUUUGGAGUUGAUGAAGACGUUGAAUUUUACGACGAAGAUGACCUUCCUCUCGGUCUCCUCAUUGAGCGCAAAAGGCGUCAUGUUCGCAUUACUCUGCCUCAGCAGCCCGAGAACUCCAUUGUUUGCCAUUGUGAUAACUGCAAGAAAGUCGGCGGUGCAUUCUCAAUCAACUACUUCAUCCCUGAGGAUAACAUGACCAUCGAAGACCCAUCCAAGACGCUCAAGAUUUAUGAAGAUCCUAACACCGCGACUGGGAAUAGGAACUUUUGCUCCAACUGUGGAAGUGCCAUCUUCACCAAGACUCCCAAAGCACCUGGCAAAGUCUUCCUGAAAGCGACCUUAUUUCCCACAGUGGCGCCGAAGGGCGGCGAGGUUUUCGCGGAGAGCAAGCUGCAGCUUUGA